CAUUUCAAACAUUAUCUCGUUUAAAUGUUUUCAUUUCAGUGGACAUAAUGAAAGUGUUUAACACCCCAAAGCAGCACAAACAAUGUAUUUAACGUUUUUUUAACCAUGAACCCCCCGCGGAACAGAUGGUACAGUCCGAAGGUUGGUACAGUCCGUUUCCUGCACUCGGUUGCUAGGAGGCGGAGAACGCUAGAAUACAACGCAAGGAGAAGCUCUGGGUGACACGGCUCUGCUACGACACGUGAUAGUUCCUCGGGUUUUUUGGGGAAAGGGGGCAAAGCGACCAACGCGGAUCUAAUAGAGCAUUUUAAGUUCGUGUUCCCGGGGGAGUCGCAGGAGAGAGCUGCUGUCCGUAAGACUUUUAAAAGCUACGUGGACCACGUUGCUUUCGUAAAGACUGAGGGCGAAGUCAAAUAUGUCUGCCUGAAGAAAAGAUUCCGCGGUUCAGAGAGGCUCGAUCCGGAGGACCUCCUUCCCCGUUAUCCGCACGCUUCAGACGGCAGGAGUGACGCGGCAGGUGAGGCGCAACCACCUGACUCAAGUUACGGAAGUAGCGGCCAGGUGAGAGUUGAUGCUGAUCUCACCACCGCAUCCACUUCUGCGGGGGAAGCCGACUCGAGCGAGGGUCCUCAGCUGGUCUGUUCAGUGGAAGAAGCGGAGAUGGGAAACGGAGACAGCUUUAAAAGAGACAAGAGAGAGUCCAAGAAGAAGCAGGUCGGACAUGGGCCUGAAAUACCAGAAAUAUCUGUGACUAAUGCUUCGCCUCUUCCUGCAGAGGGAUCUUCGUUCAACAUGCCGGGGCCUGUGCAAACCGGUACUACAGGACCAGUUCCCACAGGUGGUGUGGGACUCAAACCCGGAGACAGGCUGGUGGAGGCCGAGGCGCUCUCCCCAGAAGUCCUGGAAGAAGGAGAACACGGUAACGUGGUGGCCAGGAGCAGAGCUCCCUUCCAGACAGCUGGAGUCUGAUGAUGAUGAGGGAGGAGGAGGAUGGCGAUGAAAGGCCAGUCGGACACAUGUAGCCUCUCUGGGAGCGAAGGACUCUGCAGCCCCAAAGGCAGCCGUAAACACUUCAUGGAGGCCAUGAUGAACAGGUCCCCCCAGCCGAGGAGGAGCACGGUGACCAAAGGCUCGGUGUACUUGUCAUCCAGGACCGACAGCGACUCGGCCUCCCUGGUCUCCUCCUGCCCGGACGACAGGACCCCGGUGGCUCUGGACCCGCUGGAACACGAGUGGAUGAUGUGUGCCUUGGACGGGGAGUGGGGCAGCAUGCACCCCCUCCUCACCACGGAGCCCAGUCUGAUCCUGAGGAAGGACUUCGUCACCGGGUUCACCUGCUUGCACUGGGCGGCCAAGCGAGGCAACCCCGAGCUGAUGGCGCUGAUCUUCAAUUUUGCCAAACAGAACGACACCCCCGUCAGCGUGGACGCUCGGUCCAACGCCGGUUACACGCCUCUGCACGUCGCUGCCAUGCACAACCACAUGGAGGUGGUGAAGCUCCUGGUGGGGGCCUACAGCGCAGACGUGGAGGUCAGAGACUACAGCGGGAGGAAGGCCUGCCAGUAUCUCACUGACAGUGUGAGCGUGGAUAUCCAGGACAUAAUCGGAGCAUACGAGCGCUCUGACCCGGAGGACGCGUGCCGCGGGGCCGGAGGCCGUUGGAGGUUCUCCAAGGCUCUCCAGUCCAACCUGAGGCCCCUCCGACUCUUCAACCCCAACGACGAAGGUGACUCUGUGGACGGGGAGGCCCGACCCUCACAGAAGGUCCUCAGGAGGAAGUCCUCCCUCAGCAGGAUGAAGCCCGAACUGCACAGGCUGCGCUUGAGGACAUCGCAGAUUGUCCACAGGAUGUCGUUCCGUGAGCCAGAGGAGUCGGGGGGCUCUGGGAAAGGUUCCCUUAAGUCCAGACCCAAGACCCACUUCUUUGGGUGAAGUCAAUGCAGUUACAGAGCGCAGCGUCUACAGGAAUAUGGCAGAGGAGCAUUUCUAUAUUCCACUUCCAUUACUAGGCUGGGUGUUUGGAGCUGGUUUAUUAUCAGGGGAAAGCUGAUACUCUAUUAAUAAUAUCCAGCACCUUAAAAUGUGAACAAUUGUAGUCCAAAUAAUCAACACUCAAAAAGCUAUGUGAGACCUCUUCAAAUCCUCCUUAGUCCAAUGAUCCCAUAAGACAUUCAUAACUGUCAUAAUCAUAAAUUCAGGAAUGAUGAAUGUAUGAAAAGGUUAUAGUUUUUAUGAGAUGGUUUGAGCCUCUAAUUCUGCUAGAAAAUACUUACCAAUUACAGCCUUGCGAGCUGCGAGAGGCUUGCGUAGCUUUUGAUGCUAGUCUAGAAAAAUGGGUCACAGGUGUUGGUGAGAAGCAAAAUAGUUUUUUGACCGUGAGGGUGAGCGUGAAGUGUGGACGUGAAGUGUGGACGGGGAGCGUGGACGGGGAAGCGUGGAAUGAGAGCGAGGAGCGCGAGCGUGACAGAGUGAACGUGACCGGGUGGAAGAGGCAUGUACGAAGAUAAUUGGAUGGUGUCAUUAAAGAACAAAAUAAAGGACAAUCAAAGAAGAGGAAACGUCUCGAGGAGUAUUUAAACACGUCAAAACACCAACCUAAGAGAGGAGGACCUAACUUUGAGAAGCAAACAGGGUCUCUACAACGUUAUUAGUAUAUGUUGUAUAAGUGUAGAAAGUCAUAAGGACUCAAGACAUGACAAGACAACACUUUGUGUUGAGGUUUUGUCAUAUAUACACACAAAUAUAAUAUCAUUAUUACUAAUUUUUCCAUCUCCAUCUCGGCAUAAAAUAAACAUUUAUUUUCUUAUCAACUAGUAAACCUACACAUUUUUAACAAUUAUAGUAUUAUUGGUAGUCUAUUGGUAGUUCGUCAACAUGAUACCAAACUGAUCAACAAUUAUAGGCACACGCUAAUAAGAUAUAUGCUAUUUUAUUCAACAAGCAACUUAACUCAAAUAAUGAUGAUGAUGUGUGCACUAGGCAUCUCUUUCCAGCUGUCUCCAGGCUGUUGUGCACGAGCUGAGCGCCUGCUGUUCAAGUCACGCACAAUGCACUUUUGCAGCCAAGCACAUAUUGUGUUUGUGUCAUUUGAAGGGAAAAUGGGUGCAAUUUAGCAUUCGAGUCACUUUACAAAAGUUGCUCAAAGGUGCCAAAUAUAUAUUUUUAAAUGGCUAGAUUUGUUUCUAUGUGCUGUGGAAAAAACACGUUGCCAGGGUAGUCUGAAAGGUAGCUGAAUCGUCCCAGCCGUCGGAGCUCUUUGACCUACGUGUAUUGAGAUGGAGUAAUGGUUAUAACAUUGUACAACAAUUAUUACCCCAAACUAACGGUAAAACACCAGGACACAACAAUUAGUGACAGAUAAACAAUUUGUAACAAUAAGAUUUAUUGCUUUUUUAAAAUUGUAUAUGUCGUAUGACCAAUACAUUUAAAGCUUCUUUGUCUGAAAAGUUGACAUAUUUAAUAAAGGCUCAUGAAUGUG